CCACUUGAGUUACUGCCGUGCCGUUGCCAUUUGAAAAGAAUAUGGGGAGGCGUUGAAAGUUUGUUAAUUUUUGUGUAGAUUGUCGUGGUCUUGUGUAUAACUAGUUGUGUUUUAUCAUCUGGAUAUUGGAUUUAAGUGUUUCUGGAGCACACGAAAGUUUUAUACUAAUAAUAACUGUUGCAGGCUAACAGAUAAAAUUGGUACACCAGUGUUAUUAAAAAAAAUGAUCAUCUCUAAAUCCUGUGAUCUGGCAUAAACGAAUUAUUUGUUGAUCGCUAAAGUGUUUUAGUUAUAUAUUGAAAUAAAGCGGCAGAUUAUAUCCAAUAAACAUGUACAAUAACCAAAGUCUAGAUGACAGAGUGAGAGGUAGCGUUAAUCACGAACGGUACGAUGUUCAAAGUGAAGGAACCGGAAGAAGAUACGUAAUGAAAUGGAGUCCUCAAGAAGACAUGAAAUUUUAUUCUAAAAGUCGCUACGGUUCACCAAGAAUGCUUAGUAGAUCUGUGCCGAGAAAAAACAAAAAUCUGGCUCGAAUCAGAAUAAACAGGUCUUUGAACUUCGAUGCUGGAAUUGUCAAAAGAGAUUUAAAUUUUAAAUCUCCUAAUUCUAGUUUAGAUAGUAUUUGCUGCGAUGACGAUAACCAAUUGUCCGAGAAGCAACUCUCAAGAUCGGCGAAGAUCAUGAGAGCCUUGAAUUUGAGUAGCAGUCUUCACAGCUCUGCAAAAAAGAAAGUUAACAAAACCCUGAACUUCGAUAUGAGUCCGAGUCCGAAACAACUAUCAAGCUACAGUCGCAGUCCUUGCAAUAUUGUACAUUUAAAUUUGAGCACAUCUUCUCCCAAGAUCAGCAAAACCUUGCAUUUUGAUUCGAGUCCUGCCGAAUCCAACAUCAGUAGCAUAUUGGGUACUUCUAUCGAGUCCAUCGACGAGAAUCAAAACCAAACGCCAUCUCAAAGAAGAAGGAGCGCGAAAAAGUCUCUGAAGUAUCUUACACCCCUCAGAAAAUCAAGUAUUGGUUCUUCUGAUUUCAACGGCAAGUCGUCUAUGCUUCGUGCCGAACUUAAAGAAAAAAUUGACAAUAUCAUACAAGUGGCGACUCCGAAUUUGCAGACUUUGAAGAAAAGUAACAAAAAGCCUGGUUUUGUUGAGGAAGUCUUUGUCAGCACUCCCAAGAAUUUGUUCAACGACUUUGUCGAUGAAGACCGCGGAGGAUCGAAAACUCCUAAUAAUAAGAUUCGGCUCGUUCCUGAAAGCAUGAGUGCGAUUAAGAAGAGUCACAAGAAGGAAAGGUUUUCACGUCGAUUAGACACUGGCGUUGAUGUGAUGACGAAUGAGGCUUUGGAAAUCGAAUUGACCGAGAAACUGGAUAAUCAAAAACAACGACGAUCUGUAACACCUCCAGUGCAAGAAGAUCUUCAGAAUUCGAGUUACGACGUGAAUUCUAUCAAACGAUCUCACAAGAAAGAUAAGAGCCAACGGAAAUUGCCCUUGUAUCGUUCGGAGGACGAACUCUCAGAAUCAGGAUCAAUUUUCGAUUAUUCUGGGAUCAAAGACAUCUCUAGUUCCUGCGAAGCUGAUUUGGAUCAUUUUGAAGGCGAGAGAAACAAUGCCACAGGAAACAGCCCAACUGAUAUGGAACUUCUUGAAGAUAAAAUGAUUCUCACACCUGUAAAGUUGAAUUAUGAGAGUGAUUCAGAGAUAGAAAAAAUUAACGAUUCGGUACAAGAUUUUACUAGUCCAAAAUCAGAAAAAAACAAGGUAGUAAUACGUAUCACUUCUCCAACUACUCCUACGAAUGGAGCUUCGCCAACAACUUCAAAAACUCGUCCAACUAACCAAGAAUCGCCUGAAAAUGCUCGACCUUCAACUCCAAAAAAUCGGUUUGAUUUUCUGCAACGUGUGAUAGGAAGUUCUAUUAAAAAGUCACACAAGAAAAUCAAGGAUGAAAAUAAGAAGAAACUUUUAAAGCCCAGAAUGCUCCAAGACGGUCUUGAUGUUCCCAAUCAAGAUAGUCGGGAACAUCCAGGUUUAAAUAGCGAAGAGCCAGAGGCUUCUUGUUCGAAAAAUAAAGAAACACAUAUUUCGUUAUCCAGUAAUCGAGCCGCCACUCCCGAUAAUAUAAAUUCCAGUAGGCUCUUACUGCCUCAGUUUAGUUCUGUUAAGAAGUCUCAUAAGAAGGACAAGACUAGUAAAAUUCUAUCCAGCUUUGCCAGACGACAGAAGAUUUUCAGUUACGAUAAAGAAAGAUUGUCGAGUUCAAAUUGUGGGGCCAGAAAUUCUAGUUCGCUGGCGAACGAUUUCAAGAGCUACUCCUUGCAGCAAAUCGACGGUAGAUCUAGUGAAACUGCGAAUGACGGAAUUUCGGAGAUUGACAAAAUCCAAAGGUCUCCUCGUUCGACUGAUUCUUCCCCUAAUAAGAGAAAACUGUCUAGUUCCUUUGAUUUAGAUGAAGCUUGCACUCCACUUUCAAUGGACGAUUCGGUUUCUAUUAAUUAUGUAACUGCGGAAGAGGAAUUUAAAAUUUUCACACCCAUAAAGAAGAGGAGAGCAGCUCCAACUAGAAGAUUGUCCGAUUGUGAAUACGAAUUUGAGGAUAUUCCCUUGGACAACUUUGAAGAUGUUCCCUUGACAAGAUGCACGACUCCAGUUUUAGACCAAAGCAGACUUAUGGACUCUAUCGAGGACAAUUUUUUUACGCCCGAGAGAAGCACUUAUGCCCUACAUGUUUCCGCGGAACCAAGGGGAAAGUCUACUCCGAAAAAUAGGUUGACGGCGGAAUUAAUGUCGAAUGUUAAUUCUAUUAAACAAUCCCACAGAAAAGAUAAGAAGGGAAGUAAACUUUCUUUCAAGAAUGAAUCCGCUCGGCUGGAUAUCGAGGCGGAAACACGUUUUGGUGAAAUUAAUUCACCGUUACUUAGACCCCCAUCUAAUUUUUUGACUCCGGAUUCCAGUCUUCUUAGCGACAAUGUUAGUGAUGGAAGCUUCAGAAACGUAUCGCUCAUGGCUUCUAAGUUUUUGCAAUCCUAUCAGUCCGAGCAUUCUAAACCAUCAACGAGUUCUGAGAGCAGAGAGGACAAUGAUGACGGAGAAGGAAAGAAGACUUAUAAUUUGACCACAACGCCUCCGAAUCUCAUGAAGACAAAGGGAUAUUUAAAAAUUUUGCAGAAUGAUUCCAUUAAGAAAUCACAUAAGAAAAAGAGGCAAGAAUUGAGACACAGUAUGCUGUUUCAAGAUCCAGAAAUAUCGGAUGAUGGAUCUAUUUUUUCGGAGGAAGACAGAGUUGAGGACUUUUCAAUGGACCGCGCGAUGAACAGAAAGAGUUCUGGAAAAAGCUUGACGGAAAGUCGAGUCACGGUCGUUGUCAACAUGAACGAGAGUCUAUUUGGAGAUAAUUUAAAUAAAAAGAGACGAUCAUUCCAGCAUCCAAACCCAUACAAUCGCACUGAAAACUCCUCAGACGAUGGUUCAAUCUUCGAUUCAGACGAAAAAUUGGAGGACAGAUUCAACGAUUUUAACGAAUUGUAAAAAUUCGAUGAAACUCACGAGAGUAUAAACUGUGACUUGUAUAGUAAUUACGAUAGCUUUCAACUAUUUCUCCUAUUAUAGAUUUUCUUUAUAGAUUCACAGUAAGGCUUUUUAGUUGAUAUAAGUUCACAGAUCGUAGGAACUAUUUUUGUUAAAUUUAGUAAUCACUAAUUUGUGACGUAAGUGUAUAAAGAUUGAUCCGUAUUGUCUUUAUUAGUUUGCGCUGAUGUUAACAAUUAUGGAGAUACUUGUUGAAAUAUGAUUGGUGGUAUGUGGUAUAAAGGACAGGUAAAUUAAGGUGAAAUUACAUUUUUGUCAAUUGUUUGAAAUAUUACCUGUAAUUGUAACUAACUUCGCGAUAACGCUACUUCAAUUAAAAAUGGUUGAUGAAUUGUUAACUGGUAAACUUUUUCACCUAAUAAUCAUUAACUACUUGUUAAUAUUUAAUUGUCAUUUUCUUAAUUAUGAGUAGAGUUGAUAUAGAUCAUUGAGGGUUCGAAUUGUGCAUUUCUACAUGUGCUCUCCACUAACGCGAGUUCCUCGUAAAAAGCGUAUGUAGAUUUCAAGGAAAAACAGUAACCAAUCAGACAUACUAUAAUCUCUAAAUCCUGAAUGCGUGUUAGGCGAUUAGAUUUUAUAGUAAUUUUAACUUUGCUGAUUUUUGAUGUAAGACAAAGAUUCACAAUUAGAGUAGGUUAAAGUGGAUGGGAACAUUUUUAGCAGGUAAAAUAAUGUUGUGAUACUUGAAUUCUAUUAAAAAACUACUUUUAUAUACAAUAGAGUUUCUAAGAUAUUGGUUAUGUUGCGCGGACGUCUAGCGCCUUCAGAAAUUGAUGCUGUAUAUUGAAGUAAUAAAUAUUCGAAUUGCCUAUUA